GUUUCUAAUGUGUCUUUUUCAUAAUCUGUCCCAAAGCAAUGACCAUAAGUCUGUCGUUAUCGGCGUGACGGUAGCGGGGCUUGUGGUCUUCAUCAUCAUGUUCAUCGUUUGCUGCGUCUGCCCCUGCUGCUGCCUCUACAAAAUGUGCCGAACACCCAGACCUGUUAUGGGAGCAACGACCACUACAGUCGUAAACACACAGUACCCUCAGCAGCCUGUUGUGCAGGGAGGUCAGUACCCGCCGUACCAGCCCAUACCGUCUCAGGCCGGGUACGCCGGCACGCCAGCUUAUGGAGGACAACCCAUGCCUACAGGACCAUAUCAGGGCCAGCCAUAUCAAGCGGGACCACCACCCCCAUAUCAGCAGACCGGAGGCCCAGGAUAUCCUGUUUCCUACAGCCAGGCUGCGUAUGAUGGUGGGCAGGCUGCGUACCCCAUACAACCACCAGUUCAGCCCGGCUUCGCUCACCCACCCCCACCAACAGACUACAGCUCGACUCAACCGGCUUACAACCCCGCCUACAUGGAGCAACCAAAGACCGGCUACUAAACCACAACCUGGAUUGUUGAUUGUUACGUAGUUUUAUCCUACAAUUGCGCAGUGUACAUCUACUGUUGACGGCAUCCUCUAAUCGGGUCAGGAAUUAAAUGAUCAGCGUUCGCUAUCGUGUGCUUGUGUGCUAUCAUUGUUUUCUCUACACUUAAUUUUAUAUAAAUAUAUUUUUAUUUACUCCAGCCAUUGUGCAUGACUCCAAGCCAUAUAAUGCUUUUUUGUCCACCAAGCAAAAGGGAAUAUGUGUUUUAUCAGCCUCAGAACUGACAAUAUGAUACGUCUUGAAAUGCCUUAAAUAUCACCAGCUUUAUUUUAUCCUGGGAAUUUGCACAAAACGUCGACACUUUAUCAGUUGGUGCAUUUAAACAACGCCAGCAUGCUGUUUAGAUGUUUUCACGAUUCACGUAGCAUUCAGGUUUAUGAAUUUGUGAAUGUUUGUAACAGUGUCCUCAUGCUCAGAGAUCCAGAAUAUGCCUUAUUUAAUGCAGCUUUUGCAGCAAAUUACAUGUGGACCCCUUAAACACAACGUUCCCACUGUGUGUUCGGAUAAUUUUAUGUUAUUUGGGUUUUGGAUGUUGUAGAAAUUCCAUGUUUAUGAAGGAGGCGUCAACACAUUUUGUAUGUUUCCCUUGUGAACUCUUUCCUUGAGGGUCUGAAAAGGAUUUGAAUAUUGCUGUGUGAGGAAGCAUGGCCAUAAUACGGUCCUGAGUGGAAGCCAAAUGACUUUAAAUAAUGUGAAACACUUGUUUUUAAACAUUAAAAGCCACUCAAGGUCAGAAAGAGGGUGAAAUUGUAAGAUGUUUGGCUGCUUUGUUUGGUUCUCUGGAAAAUGCUGCGACAUGUUCUUCCAUGUUAUGAAGUUAGGUCAUAGGUACAAUCUUCUACAGAUUCCUGUUGGGUGUGUCAGGUCACAUUUUUGAGAUAUUCUUGGUUUAUUAACUGUAUUGUAUGUUAAAACUGAUCUUUGUUUUACGUUAAAAUGUUCUAUGUAUUCAAGCAUCUCCAUGUUUGCAACCGCAAAUAAAAAAUAAAUUGUGCUGGAAUCACUGUU